CAUUUAAAUGUCACAACAGUUGGUAUAGUACAGUCUGUAAAUUCUUUUUCGUUCCUGAUUCAUUGAUUUGAUAUUUCCUACUUAAAAGUUUACACCUCUUAAACAAACAGUAUCGUUAAAACAGUUCAACAUGACGACGGGGGAUUUACGGUCGUUAUUUCAAGCGAAACUGAAAGAAAAAACCGAUCAUGAAUUCCACCCGUUAGAUUUAGAUCGCGUAAAAGACGAUAGAUACUUAAAAAGGGUCUUACAACAUACUGAAAAUGAUUUGAAACAAGCCUCAGACAUGCUGUGGGAUAUUUUCACGUGGAGGAAAGCUGUAGGAGCGAAUGAAAUUAACGAAAAUAACAUAAGAAUGGAUUAUGUCAAUGAAGGUAUAUUCUUCCCCCACGGACGAGACAUCGAUGGCUGCUUGUUACUUAUAAUAAAAUCUAAAAAACAUAACAAGGGUGUUAAAGAAUUUGACGAAAUUAAGAAGAUUAUAAUAUAUUGGUUCGAUCGCAUCGAACGAGAAGAGAACGGCAAUAAAGUGACUCUCUUCUUCGAUCUUGACGGAUGUGGUCUUAAUAAUAUGGAUAUGGACUUAACAAACUAUCUAAUAUCGCUAUUUAAGAGCUUCUAUCCAAAUUUCUUGAACUAUAUAAUAAUAUAUCAAAUGCCGUGGGUAAUGUCUGCAGCAUUUAAAAUUAUCAAGUCUCUCCUACCAGCUAAAGGUGUUGAGAAGAUGAAAUUUGUCAAUAGAGACACUUUGAAGACUUUUGUGCCGCCCGAAAAUGCUUUGGAAUGCUGGGGUGGGAAUGAUAGUUACGAAUUUGAAUUUGUAACGGAAAAUCGCAGUCCUGAACAUACUCCAAAGAAGGUUACGUUUGCCGAGCAAGGCGACAACCAUUCCCUUGGUGAAAUGCUCAGACUAAACCCUAACAAUCUUAUAAUAUUCAAAACUGAGAAUGAGGAAGUAACGGGCCAGUUUUCAAUCACAAAUAUGGAUGAAAGUCCCGUUUCGUUUAAAAUUCGAACAACAUCGCCAGAGAAAUUCCGCGUCCGACCCAGCUCUGGCAUUCUGUCACAAGGUUCCACACAAACAAUUGUCAUUGUUGUCCAGCCAGGCUUCCAAUUACGGAAUGUUAUGAAAGACAUGUUCUUAGUCAUGUCGGUACAGAUACCCAAAACUGAUUUAACUCCAAAAGAAAUAAGCGAGAUAUGGCAAAAUUCUACAGGAAGUAAGAUAGACGAAUAUAGAUUGAAAUGCCAAUUUCCUGUAAAAGAUUUACCUAAAAAUGGGAGCAUGGGGGACACGAAACAUCAAGAUAAGCCAGACUCAAUCGCGAACGCCCUCAACAAUCUUCAAAUGGACUAUGAAAUACUACACAGGCAAGUAGACAGGCUAAAGGUUUACCAGUUCUUGACGAUGUUCCUGACGGCCAUAUCUGUGAUCUUGACUUAUCUUGUUUAUCAGAGCACAAACGACAAUGAAAGAUACUGUGAACGUAUCUAGCCUUUAAAUUUAGUGGUUUAUGAAGCCACUGUUAACGUUAACGCGUAUUUGUAUUGUCUAACAAUAUUUUUAUUCAUGUUGAACACAUUAAUGUUUAUUAAAUAUUGCUAUUUGAUGCAUUUAAUUGGUAAAUUACAUACUGUUAUGUAAGGUUCGGGUAUAUCAGGGGGCUUUAAGCCACCCUCAGAACAUGUUUAAUGUAUAAUAAUAUAUUUAUUGAUUAAUUGUAGAAAUGAAUGGUUUAGAUAUAAAUUUGUAUGUUCUUAUUGAUUGAAUACGGUUUUGGGGAAUUUGAGUGCAUUUUUAAUAUUUAUUUUUAUAUAAUAAGUCUGUACCAUAUAUUUGGAGUCAUCACAUUGUGUAGUACAAAGUAUGCCAGUAUAUAUUAAAUUAUUGUUUUAUAAAUGUACUCAUGUCUUUAUAAUUAAUAAUAGUAAUCAAUAAAAUGGUAUAUAUAUGGCUGAUCCAGGUUAAAGGAGGGCUUAAUCUCACUGACGAUUUUAGCAACAUAUAUAAUAAUUUAUUUUGCUUUGGGUAGAAAAGUUUGAUUAGAAUAGUUAUUAUCAAGUAUGCUUUAUAAUUUGUCAUGGACGAUUUGAGCCUCUUGCCUAGUAGAGCCUUCACAAAAAUUAAUAAUACAAAUGGAAACCUUAUCGC